AUGUCAGACGGCGUCUUUGCGCCGCACCGCACAGCAACGACCUCUAUCUUGUCUGACAUCACAUCAGCUCUGGGCGAAGAUGCUACCCAGAUUCUUGCCACGGCCACCAGCUCUGGGAUGGCAACCUCUACAGCGACGCUACCAGCAGCGCCAGUGCCUCCACCCGCAGAACAAGCAGAGCGAGAUUCCUCCCUGGCACUCUUCCUCGUCUUGCUCUUGCUCAUUCUCUCCUUUUGGGCCUCUUACUACCUCAAGCUGCGACGCAUCACUUCGGUGCACGAGACUUUGGUUGGUCUCUUCGCUGGAAUGCUGGUUGGCGCUGCGCUGAGGAUUGGACCGGGUGUGGAGGUGCAACGGCUGUUGAGCUUCAGCAACACGAUCAUGCUCAACGUGCUUCUACCACCAAUCAUUCUGGCUAGUGGUUAUGACUUACGGCAGGUGAGCUUCUGGGCGGGGUACGUGGCUAUGGCAGGUACCAAGACAGACCCGACUUCAUGUAGACGUGUUCACAGACGAGUGCUGCCUGCACGCACAACUGACUGGGCGCGUCCGUGCACUUUUGGCUCACAGGAGAGCUUCUUCCGCAAUUUUGGUACGAUCCUGACGUUCGCCUUUGCAGGAACCUUCAUCAGUGCAAUCGUGAUUGGGUGAGUGCCAGAGGACGUUCUCCCCACCAUGAGCUCCAAAUCGAACUUCUUCAUCUCAUCCUUGCUCGAUUUGAUGUUAGUGUCCUGGUCUACGUCUGGUCAAUGCUGCAUCUCGAGUCUCUCUCCUUGACUUUACUGGAAUGCCUCAUCUUUGGGUCGACGCUGAGCGCCACGGAUCCGGUCACCAUUCUCGCUAUUUUCAACACCUACAAGGUCGAUCCGCAGCUGUACAGCGUCAUCUUUGGGGAAAGCAUUCUCAAUGAUGCUGUUUCCAUCGUCAUGUUCGAGUGAGUCUUUGGCCCCCAAGCCUCCGUACAAUCUCUCGAGAGGAUCUGCUCAAGCGUCCGCAUGUCUUCGCUCUACUUAUCAGCGUCUUGUCGACAUUUCGAGGCAAACCCAUCAGCAUAGCUUCGCUCUUUCACGGAUUUGGGCUCUUCUUGUUCACUUUCACCUUCAGCAUGGCGCUUGGCAUCAGCUUUGGGCUGGGCUGCAGCCUGAUGCUGAAGCACUCUCGCUUAAGUCUGUAUCCACAGCUAGAAAGCUGCUUGGUCGCUCUCAUUGCGUAUACGAGCUAUUUCUUCAGUAACGGCGUCGGCAUGGGAGGUAAGUCGACUAGGCCUGCUCCACGUGCAUCUUGUCUUACCCACACUGCACGACGCUUGGCACACAGGCAUCGUCUCUUUGCUUUUCUGCGGCAUCACGCUUAAACACUACGCUUAUCACAACAUGUCUCGGCGCACGCAAAGAGCGACGAGAUACAUUUUUCAGACUUUGUCUAGUGUGAGUCCCACGUUACUGCGCCACCAACUCGUUCAGGCAGCUCAUCGCGCGUGGUGUUUUUGCAGCUUUCCGAAAAUUUCAUCUUCAUCUACCUUGGCCUCAGUCUCUUCACGCAAGACACGCUGGUAUACAAGCCGCUCUUUAUUGUCGUCACCGUAGCAGCAGUCGUAGCCUCGCGGUACUGCGCCGUGUUCCCGCUUGCAGCUCUAGUCAACGCCAUCAAGCGCGCACGCAAUCUGCGGCGAGCAAGGCGAAGCGGUGCCGGAGCUCUACGUGCUAGCAACACUGGAGACGAGCUCCCCCGAGAGUAUCAAAUUAUGCUCUUCUGGGCUGGUCUGCGUGGUGCCGUUGGCUUUGCUCUUUCCGCCGGCAUCGUCGGUCAGAAUGCGGCUGCUUUGCAGACUACCGUCUUGGUCGCCGUGGUCACCACCGUCGUCGCAUUUGGGGGUACGACGCCUCAGAUGCUAGAAAUCCUCGGCAUCCGUACAGGAGUUGAGGACGACGAUGCGGAGUCUUCGGACGAAGAGUCCGAACAUGCGACCUCUCCGACAUCCGCCCGACUCGGUGUUCGGCACCGAUCAUCAGGGCGUGCUAGGAAUCGCUUUGAUACUGGAAAACGAUCUGCAGAGACUCGAGCACUGUACCAUGAUCAAUCCGGUGACUAUGACGAUGAUGAAUUAGGCAGUGCUGGCUCUGAAGAGGUUCUGCCACGCUCUGCCAGUCUAGCGGGUCCCAGCCUCGGCAGCGGAGCUGGCGAUCUGGAUGCUGCAGCAGAAGCAGGUCUGGUCGGCGUUGGAGGCGAAGAGGACAGGAGCGUGCGGGCAUUCUUGGAUCGGGCAGGACUCAUCAUGCGGGAUGGAAGAUGGUUCUCCACACUCGACCAGAGGUACUUGACGCCUCUGUUCACCAAUAGUGUGGCUUCGCGCAAGCAUGAAGAGAGAAGAGCGGCCAGAAGAGCAUCCGCAAAUGCGGCUGCUAUGGCGGCGGCCGACAUGAGCGGAGAGGCGUCUGCGUGGGGAGUUCCCAAAGACGCGUGGGCACCGCCUGGGGAAAGGGAUGCAGAUGCGGCCAGCGAUGAUGCGGCAGGAGCGAGCGACGAUGAUGCGGGUGGCGGCGUGCGAAGUCUGGGCCACUCUACGAACAGAUCUAGCAGCGGUAGACUACCGAUCAAGAGAGCGGGCAGCAGAGGCGGAUCGGACGACGAUUUGACCGUCUUCAACUCUAGAUCAGGAUCCGCAGCGUCUACGCCUGUACACUCCGCUGGUGCGCGCAUGUCUGGUGCCUUUGCCCCAAGCAGCGCGGACAAUAGCUCUUCUGCUUGGGCCACGCACAGACCAUGA